AUGAAACUUGAAAUCUCCACUUACUUUUACUACACUUCAGGUGCAAUUACAUUAGGCAUUUUCCUCCAUUUGCCAACACUUCACCAAAACGCUAAGAAACGCAUUCAGGAUCUUCACAUGCCACUUCGAAUUCCUGAUUUGCCAAAGAAUUUUACAAUAGCUGAUUACCCAGAUGAAUUGGAUUCUGAGAGUGACGAAUUCAAGAUUAUGCUUGAAUCUAUAAAAACUAUGACAAAAAGUAUUGGAAUUUUUGUGAACUCUUUUGAUUAUAUUGAAGGAAAAGCGCUUGAAUCUUUAAAUAAAGGAUUGUUUGGUCCAAAUGGAACUACUCCUACAAUUUUCUCUAUUGGACCUCGAUUACAUCUUCUUAUGGUGGAGAUGUAA